AUGGAUAAACAGGUUUUGGGGAGUCAGGAGGUUCAGGAUUUCGGAGAAGGUAUAUUCCAGGUCAACUUAACUGUUGAUGUCCAGGAGACUGUGUGCAACAGAAGCUCUGGAUUGGAUCCGGCAAAUUGUACACUGAUACCUAUCCCGGAUGCUAAAACUGCUACUUGCUUCAGCUUCGUCACAGUUAAACGCGAUGUCGGUCUCAUCAGUGUUGUACUGCAAUGUACAAACACAACAUUCACAACCUCAACACCGAUUCCAACAACAACGCCGAGUCUAACAGCAACAACAACAACAACUCCAACUCCAACAACAAUAUCAACGAUUCCGACAACAACUCCAACAACAACUCCAACAACAACAACAACAAUAACUCCAACAACAACAAAAACUCCAAUAACAACUCCAACAACAACACCAACAACUCCAACAACAACUCCAACAACAACUCCAACAACAACAACAACAACUCCAACAACAACAACAACAACAACUCCAACAACAACAACAACAACUCCAACAACAACUCCAACAACAACAUCAGCAUCAACCAAAUCGUCAUCAUCAUCAGGAACCACUGAAUCAUCUGGGAAAUGCCGUAGAAAGAAAUAUGGCAGAAGAGGAAGCUAUUGGUGUUGCAGGAAGAAACCUGGUUCAAGAAGAAGACGGUGUUGGUGGAGGUGUCGCUGGGGCAGGGGGAGAUGUAACAGACAUCACAACAGGUACAACAGAUACAACAGGUACAACAGGUACAACAGAUACAACAGGUACAACAGAUACAACUAUGGACGAGUAAAUGGCUAUCAACCUGUAGGAAGAACCAAUCCACAAGGCAAAAGGAAUUGGAGAGAGUGAAAUACAAACUUUAUUUCAAAAGAAAACUGAAGAGUGAAUGGAGACAACAGGACAGAGGGAGGAGAUAACCAGGAAGGGAAUUCCACCUGGGUUAAACUGAUAACUUUCAAACAUUGUUUCACAUUUAAUUAUUAGUAAUUUACUGUUUAAAUAUUAGUCUGUUACACUGCAGCUUAUUAUACUGGUGUUCAUGAUGUUCUCACUGUUCAAUAAAGUGUCAAUUAACAAA